AACUGUUGCUGAAGGAAAUGAGCUGUUCUAAGUGCCGGUGUUGUUGCCCCUCUAAUAUUCCACGACGUCCAGCACUUCGCAUAGUAUUGAUUGGAAAAACUGGAGUGGGAAAAAGUGCUGUGGGAAACACUAUCCUUUGUAGAAAUGUUUUUGAAUCAAGCCCUUCUGCAAACUCUGUCACUGAGCGGUGCAAAAAAGCAAUGGUCUGUGACCAAAGAGAGAUUUAUGUGAUUGACACACCUGGAAUCUUGGAUACCAGCAAAUCAAAAGACCUCAUCAAAAGAGAAAUAGUGAGAUGUAUUCAGGUUUCAGCACCAGGUCCUCAUGUGUUCCUGCUGGUGCUACAGAUUGGCCGUUUCACUACUGAGGAGCAAAGAUCAGUCCAGGCCCUGCAAGAGCUCUUCGGACAAGAAGCUUCAAAAUACAUGAUAGUGGUCUUCACUCAUGGAGAUGCACUCAAUGGCCAAACAAUUGAAGACUAUGUGAAAAACGGCCAUGCAGAACUCCGUAAAGUCAUCCAGAGUUGUGGUAGUAGAUAUGUUGUUUUUAAUAACACUGGCAGGAAUAAUCGAGCUCAAGUGAGUAGAUUAAUUGUGAAAAUUGAUGAAAUGGUGGCAGUAAAUGGGGGAGAAUGCUUCACUCAGGAAAUUCAACAGAAUGUGUUAAACCGGGCUGUUACCGGGCUGUUUAGUUUGGUUUCUAGUAACUGCUGA